AUGAAGACCGAGGACUAUAAACCGCGAUCGGCAUCUAGAGUCUGUCUACCAACUCCAUCUUCAACAUUUACACAUCGGAAGCCGAAGAGUUCAACACUCUCCUGGCGCAUCUUGGUUUUGAUCACCAGCCUUGCUCUCUACGCUAUGUACAACGGUCUAGCUACUUUGCGCCCCAUGGCCAACGGAUUAUCACGGUCUACGAGCUCGAUCUUCAUCCCGUUCAUCUACAAGUUUAGCCCCAAACAUGUCCCACAAGUCAUGUGUAGCAUCGAAGGGGUCAAAAUCAAGAUGCCUGUAGACACGGGGUCCACCGGCACGUUGAUAGGAGCUCCAAUACUUCCAAAUAUAUCGCCUACUGAGGGCAAGCCAGCACACCACUUCUUCACAAGCAGCAAGAUUCUCUAUGUAGGCCGACUGGUGAAGCUGCCAAUGGAUUUCGUUGGUGAGGCUGGCUCCUACGCGACAGCGAACGUGCCUGUUUUGAUUGUGGACAGAAGCUGGAGAUGCCCUUGGUACAAUCCCAGCAAAGACCGAUUCGAAUGUCCACCAGGUCCAGACGGGGAGCAGGCUGAAGAGAGAGACACCUCGGAGAUCACCUACAUGGGUGUAGGCUUUGGAAGAAACGGCCCGAGAGACGGUAUGCCGUUCGCGACACCGAGCAUUAACCCGUUCUUGAACAUCGAUGCGAUCGAUGGGGAACCGAUACAAAACGGAACGAUGCGAGCUGGAUAUAUCAUAUCGACCGAGGGCAUCCAGAUAGGGUUAACGCCAAGGAACACAAAAGCCUUUACGUUCUCUAGUUUGGAUCCAGGAUUAAAUCAUGGCGAGGAUGCGAGGGAUUGGGCGAUGGCAAAGAUGGGCUUUAGCGUCAACGACGAAGGGCAUAAUGACGGUACUCUUCUUGUCGAUACUGGCGUAGCGCAAAUGUACAUCAGAGCCGAACGGGACGUUUCAAUCCCGACUGUUGUCAUCCCAAACCCCAACCCAAACGGUCACACAAAGAUGGUGAAGCGCGUGAAGCCUGGUACCAACAUCACCGUUGGCUUCCCAUCUCUAGACCAACCAGCGACAUCAUACUCGUUCGUCGUUGGCGAGAAAUCGCUCAUCGAACCCAACUAUGUGUUUCCGCAAUUACCAGAACAUCCUCCGUACAUCAAUACUGGUCGGAACUUGUUGUUUGGCUACUCAAUAGCUUUCGACGCGGUAGGAGGGCGUUUUGGCUUUCGUCCGGUUGGCAAUCAUGGCUCUUCAUCUGUACUGUAG